CAGGGAGGAAACAUGGAUAAGUUGUUGCUGUGUCUCCCGGUCAUCGUUAACCUCCCUGGCUCUUUCUUCCAAGGCAACACAUGCAGAAAGGCCUUUGUGUUCCCCACAGAAUCAGAUAAUUCCCAUGUGACCUUAUCUGUUCCGGUACAGAAGCCACUGAAGGCUUUCACCCUGUGCCUGCAAGUCUACACUGCCUUGGCCCGCCCCUACAGCCUCUUCUCGUACGCCACCAGGGCACAGCACAAUGAGAUCCUCCUCUUCAGUGAAAAGCCUGGCUUGUACAGCGUGUCUAUGGGGGGAUCUGAUGCCUACUUCAGGGUUCCUGAGACUUUUUACAUACCCAGGCACUUCUGUGUUACCUGGGAGUCCCAAAUAGGGAUUACAGAGCUCUAGGUGGAUGGGAAGCCCAUGGUGAGGAUGAGUCUGAAGAAGGGAUACAUGGUGGGAUCAGAAGCGAGCAUCAUCCUAGGGCAGGAGCAGGAUUCAUUCGGUGGGGGCUUUGGUAAGAACCAGGCCUUGGUGGGAGAGGUUGGAGAUGUGAACAUGUGGGAAUUUGUGCUGUCCCCAGAGGAGAGCAGAGCUGUCUUCACCGGUGGGGUCUCCACCCCUAACUUCCUGAACUGGCAGAAACUCAAGUAUGAAACACGAGGUAAAGUGUUCCUCAAGGACCGGCUGUGGUCCUGAGGCCCUUUUGUCUGUGCUGAAGUUGCCUCCUUUUGGGG